CCCGUACUGCGAGGGGAGGCGGAGAGAUGGGGCAAUUGACUAUUGCUAACAAGUUAGCCUUGAUCGAGGAGUAAUCAAUUAUCUGCAGCGGCACUUCUCUCUCUCUUUCUCUCCGUCUUUCUCCUCUCUUCUUUCUCUCUGUUCUCUCUCCUCCCGUUCUCCCUCCCUCUUUCCCUCCCUCUUCUCUCUUCUCUGCUCCCCCCGUCUCUCUCCUUCUCUCCUUCUCCCUCGUCCUCUCUUUCACUCUCUGUCUGUCCAAUGCAGGCUGCUCUAAGUUGGGAAGCUCAUUAAUUAGCGGGCCUGGGGUAGGAGGAGCCGGCUGGAAUUAGCCUGCCUAAUGCGCCUGUCAGUCCGGGCGCUGCGCCGCGCUCGGCCCGAGCUGUUUGUAAAUUACAUUAGCCGCGCCUUUAUUGCACCCGAACCUCCGGCGACUGAAAAGCCGCCGCCCCCACCCCAAACUGCGAGCCGCGCUCCCGGAGCACCCGCCUCCCGCCGGCCUGGCUGUGAUGGCAGCGCUGGCCCGGAGAUCUCGGGCUCUCCAACCCGGGAUUUGGCGCCCGAGAAGGGCGGCAAGAGCCCAGCCGGGGAGGUAUGCAGCCGCCGCGCGGGCCAGAGGCAUGUGAGAUGGACUGAUGGCACCUGGACCCCAGACGGCUCCACCACUGCCCAGCAGUGUGUUCUUGGCUGAUGGGUUCCCAGGCAUUAGAAACUUCUCCAGUCCUCACCACAUCUUGGUUUUACCGAAGAGGAAACUGAGGUUAAGACUGCGUCCCACUGGUCAACUGCACAGGUGGGAUUCGAACCUGCCUCCGUUUAGGAGGCGCUCCUAAAUUUGAGCCAGGUAGCCUCCCUUGGACUAGCAAAUCGAGCCCUCACAGGGCCGGCCACCACCUGAGCGAGGAGGGGUUGGGCUGAAUUGCUAAGCAUUCUCCAUUUUUUGUGUGCCGGAAAAGCAUUGAAAAUUUUUUCAGGUAAACGAUUUUGGCCGCUCCCGGGGAAGGAAUGGAAAGGACACCCGGGGUGGGGUGGGGGGACCUCCAGCUUGUUGUGGGAGAGCCACUAGGGCGGAACAAGGAAGGCGGCUCUUCUCUGAAGCAGAGCUUAGGUUGAAGCCCUCGCACCUGGAUUUUUUCCUCUUUCGAGUUUAUCCAUCUGCUCAGUCGGUCCUGUGUAGCCCACGUCUUCAGAAGACCACGUCUUGGGGGCGGAGGAGAAGGCACAAGGCCCCCUCCUGGGCACAGGUAUGGCCAGAGGACACCCGACGCUUUCACCCCCUCCAGGGGCGCCUCUCUGAGGGAAAGUCCUCCUAGCGGCAGAGGAGUUGGCUGGGGGGAGUGGAGAGAGGCUGGUGGGACCGCUGGCUGGGCAAGGAAGGCUGGAAUACAGGCUCCCCAGCGACCCCGUCCCAAGCUCCCGCUGCAAGGUCGCGGCAUGGCAGCCCCGACAGGCCACGCGUCCCUCGACACAAGUCCCAUUACAUUGUAUUUAUGUUUCACUUUAUUGUUUUUUUUUUCUCCUCUCAUUAUUGUCUCACUCUGGGGGAGGCAAAGGAUAUAAUAUAUUCAUCUUUAUUAUACCAAAUCUGUGUGAAGCAUUUAAUAAAACGCUGUUUCCACACAGCCAGGGAUUAGUGUGAGCUAUUCUUAAGUUAAUGCUCGGGUACGGAGGGCGCCUCCGCCGCAACGCCUGCUGCUGGCGGCCGGAGGGAAGCGCAGGCCCCGGAUGGUGCGCCGGCGCCCACCCCAGCACCCGGUGCCCUUACCAGACCGCCGUCUCUCAGUGGCCCCUCGGGCCCCAGCCUGCGGGAGGGGCUCCGAAACAAGCUCCCUCCAGCGUUUCUAACUCGCUGCGGGCUUCGGUCUGUGACU